AUGGCAACCACCGUGGGCAAAAGUUUACCGAGAAGCAAUGAAGCUAACUACAAACUGCAUUUCCGAAUGAUGAACGAGCAACAAGUGGAGGAAAUCACUCUUGACUUUUUCUACAAACCACACACCAUCACCCUGCUGACAGUUACUGUGCUCAGCCUGAUGUACUUUGCGUUCACCAGGGAUGAUGAAAACUGUGAUAACAACCUCCGUGUUGGUGUGUUGGUGGUUGUUUCCUUCUUCCUGGUCAUCAGUGUCCUGACUUUUCCUAAUGGACCCUUCACGAGGCCACAUCCUGCAAUAUGGCGAAUGGUGUUUGGUCUCAGUGUGCUCUACUUUCUUUUCCUGGUCUUCUUCCUCUUCCUUAACUGGGACCAAGUAACGACACUCAUGUACUGGCUGGACCCAAAUCUGCGCUAUGCUAAAAGAGAAGUCGAUGUCAUGGAAUAUGCCGUAAACUGCACUGUGAUAACGUGGGAGCGCAUCUUGAGCCAUUUCGACAUCUUUGCCUUUGGUCACUUUGCAGGGUGGACCAUGAAGGCACUGCUGAUCCGCAGCUAUGGCUUGUGCUGGACCAUUAGCAUCACCUGGGAGCUCACUGAGCUGUUCUUCAUGCACCUUCUGCCAAACUUUGCAGAGUGUUGGUGGGACCAGGUGAUACUGGACAUCCUUCUGUGCAACGGAGGAGGAAUCUGGCUGGGUAUGACACUCUGCCGUUUUCUGGAGAUGAGGACCUACCGCUGGGCCAGCAUCAAGGAAAUCCACACAACCUCAGGAAAACUAAAGCGAGCCGUGCUCCAGUUCACUCCAGCCAGCUGGACCUACGUGCGCUGGUUUGACCCAAAGUCCUCCUUCCAGAGGCUGGCAGGGAUCUACGUCUUUAUGAUCUUAUGGCAGCUGACUGAGUUGAACACGUUCUUCCUCAAGCACAUCUUCAUCUUCCAGGCUUCUCACCCUCUCAGCUGGUGUCGUAUUCUCCUGGUGGGAAUCAUCACCGCACCCACUGUGAGACAGUAUUAUGUGUACCUGACGGACACUCAGUGUAAACGAGUUGGCACACAGUGUUGGGUGUUUGGGGCUAUUGCUUUCCUCGAGGCUCUGGCUUGUGUGAAAUUUGGUCUGGACGUCUUUUCUAAGACUCAAAUUCGCCAUGUUCUGCUGUGGUUGAUCUGUCUGGCACUCAUCACACUCUUAUGCUUAUAUGGCAUGGUGUGGUAUGAACACCAUAAAAUGAAGAAUAUUGUUCUGCAAAGCGGCGACCCUGAUGAUCGCCGUGUUGUUGACUCACUUGCUUCGGCUCAGACAGAUUCACAUGGAAGUUUGCGAAACACAAAACGAAGAAAAACCUCAGCUAGGAACAGAUUUGUAAACAGCCAUGGAAGAAAGAGACAAUGAGUAGAUGUGAUGAUGAAGUGUUUAGCAAAAUACUUUAAUACG